CCCCAGUCUCUUGGCCGUGCCCCCAUCUCUACCCCCUCUUCUUUCAGCUCUGGCCCCCCACUCUGCCUAAUGAGCCCAGUUCCCCUUGAAGGACUUCAGCUGGCGAUGUGGGCCAGGGGCAGGUUCCUGCGGAGGAGGGACUUUCACAGGCUCUUAAACCUGUUUUAGGCUGCACUCAUUAUUUCAGCCUGACCCUAGACAACUCCAUGAAUCCCAACCCCUGGGUUAUAAGCCUUUUAUGGGUGGCCCCCAUCUCCUCCAGCCCCCUGCUGCAUGUCCAACAUGGGAGACAUGGGCCAAAUGUGGUUCCAAGCUCUCCCACCAUCCCCUCUCCUGUUUUCUUCCCCAGCUUCUCUCUUCAGAAUUGACUGGCUGGAGAUUUAUCAGCUUGGAGGGCUGGAGGUGAAUACAGGCAGAGUCCGGGUGGAGGGAAGGAUCAGACUGCUCUCUGUCUUCGUCUGGGUUCUGGGCAGUGGGAGUCUGGUUUCAUAGAGGUCAGCUCUCCAGCAUCUACCUCUGGUUGGAAGAGGUCGGCUCCUUAACAUCUACCUCUGGUUGGGAGGAGGAUUAAGGGUUUCCGUGACCCUGGACAGCUACCUGUCCUGCAGGUGUGGAUCCAUGGGAUAGCCCCAGCGAGUGUGCCCUUCUGCCCCAGUCAGCGCAUGCCUCAGCACCUGAGGACAGCAAACAGAGCCCUGGCUAGAGCCCAAACAUGUGGGGCCUGGUGAGGCUUCUGCUGGCCUGGCUGGGUGGUUGGGGCUGCAUGGGGCGCCUGGCAGCCCCAGCCCGGGCCUGGGAAGGGUCCCGGGGGCGGCCAGGACCAGCACUGCUGCGGACCCGAAGGAGCUGGGUGUGGAACCAGUUCUUUGUCAUCGAAGAAUAUGCCGGUCCAGAGCCUGUCCUCAUUGGCAAGUUGCACUCGGAUGUGGACCGGGGCGAGGGCCGCACCAAGUACCUGCUGACCGGGGAGGGGGCAGGCACCGUGUUUGUGAUUGAUGAGGCCACAGGCAACAUCCAUGUCACCAAGAGCCUGGACCGGGAGGAGAAGGCACAGUAUGUGCUACUGGCCCAAGCCGUGGACCGAGCCUCCAACCGUCCCCUGGAGCCCCCAUCAGAGUUCAUCAUCAAGGUGCAAGACAUCAACGACAAUCCCCCCAUCUUUCCCCUCGGGCCCUACCAUGCCACAGUUCCCGAGAUGUCCAAUGUUGGGACAUCAGUAAUCCAGGUGACUGCUCAUGACGCCGAUGACCCCAGCUAUGGGAACAGCGCCAAGCUGGUAUACACUGUGCUGGAUGGACUGCCUUUCUUCUCUGUGGACCCCCAGACUGGAGUUGUGCGAACCGCCAUCCCCAACAUGGACCGUGAGACACAGGAGGAGUUCUUGGUGGUGAUUCAGGCCAAGGACAUGGGCGGCCACAUGGGGGGGCUGUCGGGCAGUACUACAGUGACAGUCACCCUCAGCGAUGUCAACGACAAUCCCCCCAAGUUCCCUCAGAGCCUAUACCAGUUCUCGGUGGUGGAGACAGCUGGGCCAGGCACCUUGGUGGGCCGGCUUCAGGCCCAGGACCCAGACCUGGGAGACAACGCCCUCAUGGCAUACAGCAUCCUGGAUGGGGAGGGGUCUGAGGCCUUCAGCAUCAGCACAGACUCCCAGGGUCAAGAUGGGCUCCUCACUGUCCGAAAGCCCCUAGACUUCGAGACCCGUCACUCGUACUCCUUCCGUGUGGAGGCCACCAACACGCUCAUUGACCCAGCCUACCUGCGGCGAGGGCCCUUCAAAGAUGUGGCCUCAGUGCACAUAGCUGUGCAGGAUGCCCCAGAGCCACCUGCCUUCACCCAGACUGCAUACCACCUGGUGGUGCCCGAGAACAAGGCUCCCGGGACCCUGGUGGGCCAGGUCUCAGCCACUGACCUGGACUCCCCCGCCAGCCUGAUCAGAUACUCCAUCCUCCCUCACUCGGAUGCAGAGCGCUGCUUCUCUAUUGAGCCCGAGGAUGGCACCAUCCGCACAGCUAUGCCCCUGGACCGCGAGGCUCGAGUCUGGCACAAUCUCACAGUGCUGGCCACGGAGCUCGACAGCUCCGCCCAAGUUUCCCGUGUGCAAGUGGCCAUCCAGACCUUGGAUGAGAAUGACAAUGCUCCCCAGCUGGCUGAGCCCUACGACACCUUUGUGUGUGAUUCUGCAGCCCCUGGCCAGCUGAUUCAGGUCAUCCAGGCCCUGGACAGAGAUGAAGCCGGCAACAGUAGCCGUGUCUCCCUCCAAGGUCCUCUGGGCCCUGAUGCCAACUUCACUGUCCGGGACAACCGAGAUGGCUCUGCCAGCCUGCUGCUGCCCUCUCGUCCUGCUCCACCCCGCCAGGCCCCCUACCUGGUUCCCAUAGAGCUGUGGGACUGGGGGACCCCAGCACUGAGCAGCACUGCCACAGUGACUGUCAGCAUGUGCCGCUGCCGGCCUGAUGGCUCCGUGGCAUCCUGCCGGCCCGAGGCUCAGCUGUCACCCGCUGGGCUCAGCACUGGAGCCCUGCUUGCCAUCGUCACCUGUGUGGGCACCCUGCUUGCCCUGGUGGUGCUCUUCGUGGCCCUGCGGCGCCAGAAGCAGGAAGCGUUGAUGGUGCUGGAGGAGGAGGACGUCCGGGAAAACAUCAUCACCUACGACGACGAGGGUGGCGGAGAAGAGGACACGGAGGCCUUUGACAUCAGCGCCCUUCAGAACCCCGACGGGGCGGCCCUGCCGCUGCGGCUCCGCGAGGCCGACGAGGACCCCAGCGUGCCGCCCUACGACUCGGUGCAGGUCUACGGCUACGAGGGCCGGGGCUCGUCCUGUGGCUCCCUCAGCUCCCUUGGCUCCGAGGCCGGCGGUGCCCCUGGCCCCGCAGAGCCGCUGGAUGACUGGGGGCCGCUCUUCCACACCCUGGCCGAGCUGUAUGGGGCCAAGGAGCCCCCGGCCCCCUAAGAGCGGGGCUGCCCUGCUGGCCAUGGUGGGGUAGCCCGCACAGGCCCUCUGAGUGAACCCCUGGGGGUCCAAGCAGGCAGCAGCAGCCCAGGGGCCCCAAGCAUUUUCCCCAUCCUUGUGUCCCUCCUCCCUGAUGCUCCAGGGCAACCCCCUUCUUACCUCCCUCCUCCUGAGUCUUCUGUGUCUCUCUCCAGGGAUCUGUCUCUGGGACACUCUGUCUGGGUCUGCCUUGUGUGGCUCUGACUCUAAACCUCUCUAUUCUGUCACUGUGAUUCCACCUUCUCCUUGACUCUGUUUUUGUCUCUCAGAUUCUAAAUCACUCACACAUGCUCUCUCUAUCUCCCUUGCCCCCACACACAUGCUCUGUGUCUGUCUCCUGCCCACAUCUGCCCCCAUUUCUCCGGGUCCCUGUGACUGGAUUUUUGUUUUUUUCCGUUGUCCAUCCCAAAAGCAAGAGAAACUUCCAGCCACUGCUGCCCACCUUCCUGCAGGGGAUGUUCUGCCCCAGACCUUCCCGCAUGAUUCCAUCCAUCACUCAUGGCCUCAUCCUGGCUCUACUGGCCUCCAGCAGAGAGGGAGCCAGCCCACCUCCCAGGGGAGAGCUCCAGCACCACCACCCCCUCCCACACACUUGGCUGCCUCCCUGGAGCUCUGCCCAGCUGUUGGCAUCCCAACUCUAGGCAUUGUCUUGUGUGCUUCCCAGGCCCCAGCGGGAGGGGAGGGGAAGGAAAGGGGGAGGCAGCU